AAAAAAAUCAAUAAAACAUAUUUUUUGAUAUUGAAAAAUAUUCAUAAAUUGUGCAUUUUGAGUCAAAAUUUGUAAAGUUUAGUUACGUUCCACAACUGAAAGUAAAUCAUCGAUAAUUAGCUUUAAAAGUUUAUUUUCUUCGUCCACUGAUAGGAAAUCAGAAAUCUAAGAAAUUACAGAUUAAAAAAAUUCAGAAGCUGAUACAUUAAGCUUAUCAGCUCGCAAUGAAUAACACAACAAUAUUCGCUCAAAAUCAAUCAAAUUUUCAAAUUCUUUCUGUUUGCAACUACAUUCUGAAUUUUAGUAUUUUCUUAUGCAACGAAGAUUUAGUUAAACCAAACAUUCUCUUUGAAUAUCCCCAUAAAUCCAAAGAUGAAUACGAAAAGAAACUGCAACUAAUACGAGAAACAAUGAAAAACAGUGAUUUUUAUAAAAAUGAAACACUCUGCAUGAAGUACGUUAAUGAAACGUUUCAUAACAUCAUCAGCAAGGAUCCAUUUUCCAACUAUGGGAACAUUAUUGAGUAUUGUUUCUCUAAGAAUAAAAAUGACAAACUAACUUCAGAGGGAAUUGAAAAAAUUGUUAAUGAUACUUUGAGAAUUUUUACAGAGUUGGAAAGAGACACGAGGAUAAUGAACAUGGUUCGUAAAAGAAAUAAGCGUGCAGGUGAUAAAACAAAUGGAAAUCAUCCAAAAAGAAUGCGAAUAGAUAAUGAAUUAAAUGCACAGCCAAUAGAUUUUACUGAUACUAACAAUUCUGAUGAUAUACCGGAAACGUCAUUAAGUGAGUUUAGAACACCAAAUUUAAGCAUAAUUGAAAAUUCGAAAUACCAUGAGACAGUAAGGGAAAUAUUUUUAUUUAAAAAUCAGGGUUUUGCUUUUAGUAUGCGAAAUUACAGAUUUAAACAAUUGAUGUUUUCUUUGGCUUUAAAUCAAAACAAUAAUUUGCAACUAAAUGAAGAAAUCAGCGAUUUAUGGUAUAUCCAAACCACAUAUUCAAAAGCAGUAGUUCAUUUUUUGCUCAAAAUGAAAGGAAAAGAAUUUCAUUUCAAUGAUAUAACACUUUUGACAAAGCGUACUCCAGAUCCAUUUGUUGCUGAAACAUUGGAAGAAUCAUCAUCAAAGACAGAAAUUCGUUAUCACUUGCAUGAUAUUUCGCAUAAUGGAUUUGUGGAUUUACAUAAAUUUUACUUUGAAUUUGUUGAUGAUUACAUUACAUUUCCCAACGUGUUCUUUCGCGUAAAACUUGCUAAGCUUACUAAGGACAAUAAAGUUCUACACAUUGAAUUAACAGAGAACAAGGUGAAAGAAGUAAAUAAUGAGUUUCUGUACCAUAUUAACGAUGAAAAAAAUUUGAAUAAAAGGAUGUUUUAUAUCAAAAGAGCUGCAGAAUUUUUGACAAUUAAUGUACCAUUACAUACGAUAGAAUCAUCAGAGAAACUUUUGAUGAAUUACAUUUUAAAACAUACAAAUGAAAGUAAUCGUCGUCCUAGUUACGAUAAAUUUGUCAGAGAUUAUUAUCAUCAUAUGAAAGUUCUUUAUAAAUAUAAUGAUUUUCAGAUAAAAAGAAAUAAGUACAUUGAUGAUGUAUUAUUUAAGAAUAAAUUUGAUAAAAUCAAAUCAUUAAAUGAAGCAAAAAAAAGAAUCAAUGAAUUAUAUAAUAACCAUAACAUAAAUAUAGAGGAAACAUUUCAAUUGUACAACAAUUACUCACUUUAUAAUACUAUGCGAUUUGAAGAUUAUGUAUUGUUUUCUUGUCCAGGUUAUAAAAAUUUAGCAGAAAAGAACAUAAUACAAAAAAGAUUAUUCGCAGCAUUUUAUAGAGUGGGACUUAAAGAUUUUUCAAUAAACUUAAAUCAAUAUAAGAUUUUUCGCUUCGAAUUAUUUGACGAGAAUAUGACAAAUUAUUUUAAAUCAAAAAUGCAAAAUGAAGAUUAUUAUUCCUGUGUAAGUCCAACGAUAUUUUAUAAAGAUAAAAAUAGAAUAUUCACAGAAUUUAAAAAUCAUCUAAGGACAUCUUCCAAAACGCCGACGAUAAUUGAAAUUACAGUGCACAAUUAUGUGGGUUUAGUGAAUGUUAAUAUUCCUUUUUUAACUCCAUUUCAUGUAAUAACAAAUUGCUUACGGUUUAAAGUAUAUGAAGUCUCUCCAAUUUCAAUAGAUGGAACAGACGGAUGGUUUGUGAGAAUGCUCAACAAAAAAAUAUUUCCAGAAGAGAAGCAGUUGGUUUGCAUGGUAAACGAACUCAACAAACUCUUAUCCAUGCCUAUUAAAUAUUACUCGGAUUUGUGAAUUUAUGAUGCAUAUAAUAUUAAAAUUUUGGGUUUACUUAUGUUUUUGGAUCUAUAAACUUCAGUAUAUAAAUUCUCAUUUAUUAAAAAUGAGAAAAAAAUUAACUUAUUUCAUUGUACACUAAAAAGUUUAUUCAAAUAAAACUGAUUUGUUUCAAUUAAA